AUGAAACCUGCCAAUUCAGCCAAGACAGCUUUAAUUAUCAUUGAUAUUCAAAAUGGAUUCCGACAUCCAACACAUUGGGGCGCUAGCCGCAGCACACCCGAAUUUGAAGAGAAUGUCGCGCUUCUAUUAAACACGGCACGGGAAUACAAUAAGAAGCUGGGUGAAAACGCGGUAGACAUUUAUCACGUCCAUCAUCAUAGCAUCUAUCCGGACUCGAUGCUCUAUCCCGGUACUCAGGUUGAGAUAGAUGGCAAACUAGUCGAAGGGGCACAACCGCAAUCGUUUGCACAGCCAGAACCGCAGGAGCCUGUCUUCAUCAAAGAUGUCAACUCAUCCUUCAUUGGCACCAAACUAGAAGCCCAUCUCAAAGGCCAAGGAGUUAGACAACUCGUCAUAAUGGGUCUUACGACGGACCACUGUGUUAGCACAACUACACGGAUGGCCAACAAUCUAAGGGUCGUAUCCAUAACAAGCCCAACCGGCGAACUCGAUGAAGGCGAUAUCCUUCUCGUCGGCGAUGCAUGCGCCACGUUCGCAAAGGGUGGAAUCGAUGCCGAAACGAUGCAUAAAGUAAGCCUUGCUUCUUUAAACGAUGAGUUUGCUCAAGUUGUAAACACGCAAGACGUCCUGCGUAACGUAUUUGGAAACUAA